ACUGUUUUUCCUGUUUUCUUUCUUUUGAUGCCUUUGAACCUCUACAUAGUUUCCAAAUUUGGUAUGUUUUGUGUAUCAUUUAUCUUUGAAUGAGGGCAGUUCUGUCUGGAGUUUGUAUUUGUCUAAAAGUGUGAAUGGAUCCUCCUUUGCCCUUUAUGUUGUUUACUGGGUAGCACUUUGUUCUCAAAGAGCUUUAGUUGGACAGCUGGAUAGGAUAGUGAGGUGGGGUAGGAGGCAGUUCAUGUGUUGCCUGUUGGUAUUUCACACUCAGAUAAGUCCUUUCUGGGGUUACUUGGUGGUAUGUGUGUUUUAGAAGUAGAGCCUGUGUGGCUUUCCACUUUUUUUCUUUUUUGUGUGUGUAAGCAGGUGAGGUUAUAAGGAGGAGGUCCAGUUAGUGCAUACCUCAGGCUUCAUAGUAAAUUCUCCUGCCCACAGGCCUUCGGUUUGUUGAUUCAAUAUUGAUCUUGGUUCUGGUAAUUUUGGUCAAGCUGACAACUGAUUCUCAGUUUGUAGUUUCCUGUCCUCUGCUCUCAUUGCCCCAGGCCAUUUUGUCUAGGAUAAGAAGUGGGUUCUGAGAAAAUAAAGUCUUAGUGGCCACAAGGUCCUUCCUUUUAGCCUGCUCUCAAGCAGCUCAACAGAUCCUACUUUGCCUUUCCCUGACACCAGUUCACAUCUUUAAGGAAUGGAUAUUUAGGAAAGGGUAGAGCCCUUUCAGCCCCUCUUACCUAAAGAGAAUGAGAAACUUAUAGCCUGUUGAAAGUUGGUGGGAGUGGGGGUAACCCUUAGAUUGUGUCAUUCUCCCUUUAAUUUCAAGUAGGUUGUGGUAUUUUAUGUUCCAAACAAGCAUAUUCCCUAAGGGUAGUUUAUGUGCAUUAUCUUACUUAAUCCUCAUCAUAUUAUUUUUUUUAUCUGUGAAAACUCAAACCCAGAGAAUCAAAUAACUAGUUAAAAUGGUAAGUUAAUAGCUAGGCUUUAAACCCAAGUAUGUCUGACUCCAGAGCCAAUAAUCUUUUGCUGUGUCACACUGUGAUGUUGUACAAAGAUUUAGCGUCAGAACUAGAAACAGCAUUUCAGGAGAGAAGAAACUGCUGGUGGAAAUACCAGGUACAAUGUGGCAGGGCUUUCUUAUCUGCUCCCCCCCCCCCCCCCCCCCCACCCCAAUCCCACCUUGUCUGUAUACUUCCCUUCAUUGCAUCUUCAUUAUUCAGCCUUGUCCAGUGGUCAGUGAUUUCAGUGUCCAUCCCUGCUGUGUACAUAGGCUCACUCUUUUCUGUGCUUACCACCUCCUCUCGUUCUCCUGUUAUUUAUGGACUGGUUCACUGUUCCUUCCCUAUGUUUUUCUUCCCAGUUGUAGGGACAUCUUUGAAAGCUCUCACAUGUGCCCUAUAGUUAUUCACAGUUUCAUUCUCUUAUUCCCACCUUAUUAUACAGUUUUUAGUUUCCCAGCACAGAAACCAAUGUGCAUUUGAAUUUUUUAUUUUUUUCAGAUUGGAAGACAAGACUUGAAACCAAAGAGUCAACUAUAAAGCCCAAUAUUACUGAAGAUAUAGCUUAUGGGGUAAUAAUGGAAAGGGAAGGUCUCUGGCAUUCUUCUUUAGGGGAAACCUGGGAACCUGAUAAUUGGUUAGAUGGGCAACAGAAAAACCAGGAUAGACCUCUGGGCCAAGUGUCAGUUACUCAUGAAGAAACCCUCACUGAGAGGAGGACAUGUGGAGGUAAUGAAUUUGCAAGAUGUUCUAGUCAGGGGUCAAUCCUUGAUAUAAAACAAAGUAUUCCUGUGGGAAAAAGGCCCCAUAAUCAGAAUCCACAUAAAGAAGACACUAAACAGAAUUCUGAAUUAAUUAAAACUCAAAGUAUGUUUGUUGGAAAGAAAAUCUAUGAAUGUAAUGAAUGUAGGAAAACCUUCAGCCAGAGCUCAUCUCUUCUUAAGCACCAGAGGAUUCAUACUGGGGAAAAACCCUAUAAGUGUAAUGUAUGUGGGAAGCACUUCAUUGAACGCUCCUCCCUUACUGUACAUCAAAGAAUUCAUACUGGAGAGAAACCCUAUAAAUGUAAUGAAUGUGGGAAAACCUUCAGUCAGAGCAUGAACCUUACUGUUCAUCAACGAACUCAUACUGGAGAGAAACCCUAUCAGUGUAAAGAGUGUGGAAAAGCUUUCCGUAAAAAUUCAUCCCUUAUUCAACAUGAAAGGAUUCAUACUGGAGAGAAACCCUACAAAUGUAGUGAAUGUGGGAAAGCUUUUACCCAAAGCAUGAAUCUUACAGUGCAUCAAAGAACUCAUACAGGAGAAAAACCCUAUGAAUGCAAUGAAUGUGGAAAAGCCUUCAGUCAGAGCAUGCAUCUUAUUGUACAUCAGAGAAGUCAUACUGGAGAAAAACCCUAUGAGUGUAGUGAAUGUGGGAAAGCCUUUAGUAAAAGCUCAACUCUUACCCUGCAUCAGCGAAAUCACACUGGAGAAAAACCCUACAAAUGUAACAAAUGUGGGAAAUCCUUUAGCCAAAGCACAUACCUUAUAGAACACCAGAGACUUCAUUCUGGAGUAAAACCUUUUGAAUGUAAUCAGUGUGGGAAAGCUUUCAGUAAGAAUUCAUCUCUUACUCAACAUCGGAGAAUUCAUACUGGAGAGAAGCCUUAUGAAUGUAUGGUAUGUGGAAAACAUUUCACUGGGAGAUCUUCCCUUACUGUACAUCAGGUUAUUCAUACUGGAGAGAAACCUUAUGAAUGCAAUGAAUGUGGAAAGGCCUUCAGCCAGAGUGCAUACCUUAUUGAACAUCAAAGAAUCCAUACUGGUGAGAAACCCUAUGAAUGUGAUCAGUGUGGAAAAGCCUUCAUUAAGAAUUCAUCCCUAAUAGUGCAUCAGAGAACUCAUACAGGAGAGAAACCCUAUCAGUGUAAUGAAUGUGGAAAAGCCUUCAGUCGGAGUACGAACCUUACACGACAUCAGAGAACUCAUACAUCUCCUUUGGACAUCAUAGACUUCACACUGGAGAGAAAAUGUGAGAGUGCUUAACUGGACAGCUCAAAGACCUGGUAUGUAGUCCUCAUCUGCCACUAACUUGGACAAGUCACCUACUUUCACCAGGUCAUGGUGUCCUUAUUUGGUAAAUGAGGGAUUUUGAAUUUAGAAGGUCUCCAGAAUCCUGAUUAGUUCUAAAAUGCUAUAAAUAUAACCAAUAUUGGGAAAUCCUUGACCUUUUACCAUGUUAUAUAUGUUAUCAAGAUGCUCCUAAUCUGCAGUCUGGUUUCCCUGGAUGUUUUGAGUCAAAAGUCUCUACCUCUACCAAAUGCUAUUAUUAUCCCUCCAUUUCCCCACCCCCAGCCCCCACUGUUAUUUUCUCCCUAAAACAUAGGUUGAUUGCUAUUGGGUGAUGAAAUAACUGUACAGAUCUUAAUGCCAUAGCAUGCUGUUUUGAGUUCUCAAUUAAGUCACUAAACUACUGUUAAAUAAGCUAAUUACAAAACAGUGUAACUUAAAUAUAGUCUCUAAGUACAUAGGAUUCAAAUACAUAUCUUUGUAUCAUAGUCUAUCAAAUUGGAAAGGAAAUGAUGCUAAACACUAAUAGACAUGAAAAUUUGACAUAGUAAUGAAAUCUUUACAACUCAAAACAUAUUCAGAACAGUCAUAGGUUUUAUAGAUCUACAGUGAUGACAGCAGGUAGGACAAUUUCAUUUAUUUCAUACACAAUAAGUGCUAGAUAUGUGAUAGACAUGAUCAGAAAAUCAGACUGGGGAAGGUAUGUUCUUUGCUUUUCAAGGGCUAAACUAAGAAAUUGGCAGUGGAGGAGAGGAAAGGAAGAAUUCAAGCAAUAAGGAGGCAGAAUCUGGAUAAUGUGGUAAUUGAUGGAAUGUAGGAACUUGAAUUUAUUUGGGUGGAUGUAGUGCCAUAAUUAAGAACACAUAAAGUUGACUGAUUCUGUGGGUCAGUGAUAAGUUCAGUCUGGAGGAUUUUAAACAAUCUGUAGGUAUCCAAGUGAAGAUCCUGACAGACUAAAAUAACUAGCAGGGUGGUGAUGAAGGAUACUCUGAGCAUACUGUCAUCAAACAGGGUAAGUGGAGGAAGUAGAACCAGUAGGAGCUAAGAGGAAACAACAGCCAAAAGAAAAAUGAAAAACAGAAGGAAAAAUUAGAAGAUGGUGGCACAGAAGUAAAAGAAUUUUG